AUGUCAGAACAAGGUGUUGGUCAAUUCUUCAACUUCCCUGUAGAGGAGGAGAAGAUCAUUGAACAAUGGGACGAGAUUGACGCAUUUCAAAGAUCUUUAGAGAUCACCAAGGACUUACCACCAUUUGCAUUCUUUGAUGGUCCACCAUUUGCUACUGGUACUCCACAUUAUGGUCAUAUUUUAGCAUCUACAGUUAAGGAUAUCAUUCCUCGUUAUGCUACCAUGAACGGUCACUAUGUUGAAAGAAGAUUCGGUUGGGAUACUCAUGGUUUACCAGUUGAGCACGAAAUUGACAAGAAAUUGGGUAUCACUGGUAAGGAAGAUGUGAUGAAUAUGGGUAUUGAUAAAUAUAAUGCUGAAUGUCGUGCUAUUGUUAUGAGAUAUGCCGAUGAAUGGCGUAAAACUAUCCGUAGAUUGGGUAGAUGGAUUGAUAUGGAUAACGAUUAUAAAACAUUGUACCCUUCUUUUAUGGAAUCUGUUUGGUGGGUUUUCAAGGAGAUUUAUAAGAAGAAUAAUGUUUACAGAGGUGUUAGAGUUAUGCCUUAUUCCACUGGUUGUACUACCCCAUUGUCUAACUUUGAAGCUCAACAAAACUAUAAGGAUGUUAAUGAUCCCGCAGUUACCAUAGGGUUUCCCUUGGUUGAAGAUGAAAACACUUGGUUGGUGGCUUGGACUACUACUCCAUGGACGUUACCUUCAAACAUUGGUGUGGCUGUCCAUCCAGAGUUAGAAUACGUGAAAAUUUUUGAUGAAGAAAAGCAAAGACACUACAUUUUGAUGGAAUCAUUGUUAUCUACUUUGUAUAAGAAACCUGCUAAAGCUAAGUUUAAGGUUGUUGACAGAUUCUUAGGUAAAACCUUGGAAGGUAAGAAAUAUGUUCCUUUAUUCCCAUACUUUUACGAAAAGUUUAAGGAACGUGCAUUCAAGGUUACUUGUGCUGAUUAUGUUACUUCUGAUUCCGGUACUGGUAUUGUCCAUCUUGCUCCAGCUUUUGGUGAAAUCGAUUUUACUGCUGCUAUGGAUAAUGGUAUUAUUAGUGCAGAUGUUCUUCCCCCCAACCCAGUUGAUGAUCGUGGUUGUUUCACUAAAGAGGUUUCUGAUUUUGAAGGUAUAUACGUGAAAGAGGCAGAUAAGUUAAUUAUCAAGAAGUUGACUGAAGAAGGUAGAUUACUUGUUAGCAGUCAAAUUAUGCACUCUUAUCCAUUCUGCUGGAGAUCAGAUACUCCAUUAUUAUACAGAACAGUUCCUGCUUGGUUUGUUCGUGUUACUCCAGUUGUAGACGAUAUGUUAAAGAACGUUUCAGAAACUAAUUGGGUUCCUCAAGUUAUCAAGGAAAAGAGAUUUUCCAAUUGGAUUGCCAAUGCUAGAGAUUGGAAUAUUUCAAGAAACAGAUAUUGGGGUACUCCAAUGCCCAUAUGGGUUUCUGAUGAUUAUGAAGAAAUGGUUUGUAUUGGAUCCAUUGAAGAAUUGAAACAAUUAUCUGGUCGUGAUGAUAUCACUGAUCUUCAUCGUGAUAGUAUUGAUGAUAUCACAAUUCCUUCUCAACAAGGCAAGGGUGUUUUGAGGAGAGUUGAAGAAGUUUUUGAUUGUUGGUUUGAAUCUGGUGCCAUGCCUUAUGCUUCCAAACAUUAUCCAUUCGAAAACGAAGAAAGCUUUAAAGGUGCUUACCCUGCUAACUUUAUUUCUGAAGGUUUAGAUCAAACAAGAGGUUGGUUCUAUACCUUAACUGUUUUGGGUACUCAUUUGUUCAACACUGCUCCUUACAAGAAUGUUAUUGUUAGUGGGUUGGUGUUGGCUGCAGAUGGUAAGAAGAUGUCUAAACGUUUGAAGAAUUAUCCUGAUCCUUCUUUGGUUUUGGAAAAGUAUGGUGCUGAUGCUUUAAGAUUAUAUUUGAUUAACUCUCCUGUUUUAAGAGCUGAAACCUUGAAAUUUAAGGAAGAAGGUGUUAAGGAUGUUGUUUCAUCUGUUUUAUUGCCAUGGUAUAAUUCCUAUAAGUUCUUGAAGGAAGCUGCUGAUCUCUUCAAGAAGGAAAAUAAUGAAGAAUUUAUCUAUAACCCAGACUUGAAGUCUUCUAAUGUUAUGGAUAGAUGGUUAUUGGCAGCCAUUCAAACCUUAAUCAAGAAUAUUGACACUGAAAUGGAACAAUACAAGUUAUACACUGUUGUACCUAAAUUGUUAACCUUUAUUGAUGAUUUGACUAAUUGGUAUAUUAGAUUCAAUCGUCGUAGACUUAAGGGUUAUACUGAUGAAGGUAUUGAAGACACCAAGAUGGCCCUUAAUACCUUGGCUGAAGGUUCUUUGACCUUAACAAGAGCCAUGGCACCUUUCACUCCUUAUUUGGCAGAUGGUAUUUACACUAGAUUGACUGGAUAUUUCAAGAAGGAAUACUUGGAAAGCAUUUCUAUUAAUGCUAAAUUACCUGAUACCAGAUCAGUUCAUUUCUUAAAGUAUCCUACCCCCAAUAAGGAAUAUGCUGAUGAAGCUAUUGAAUUGGCUGUUUCAAGAAUGCAAAGUGUUAUUGAAUUGGGUCGUAACAUUAGAGAAAAGAAGAUGAUUUCUUUGAAGACUCCAUUAAAGGAAUUGGUUGUUAUUCAUCAUGAUCCAAAGUUUUUGGAAGAUGUUGAAUCUUUAAAGAAUUAUAUCAUUGAAGAAUUAAAUGUCAGAAACCUUGUUAUUACUCAAGAUGAAGACAAAUAUGGUGUUGAAUAUAGUGUUGUUGCCGAUUGGCCAGUGUUGGGUAAGAAAUUAAAGAAGGAUGCUAAGAGAGUUAAAGCUGCUUUACCAAGCGUAACUUCUGAUGAAGUUAAAGUAUUUGCUGAAUCAGGUAAGAUCACAGUUGAUGGUAUCGAUUUGGUUAAGGAAGAUUUACAAAUCUUGCGUGGGUUACCUGAAGAUAAGACAUCUCAUGGUUGUGAAGUUAGAUCCUCUGGUCAGUUGUUAAUUAUUUUGGAUGUUAACUCUUAUCCUGAAUUACAAAGUGAAGGUUUAGCCAGAGAAAUCAUUAAUCGUGUUCAAAGAUUACGUAAGAAGGUUGGUUUAAAUACCACUGAUGAUGUUGCUGUUGAAUAUAAUUUGAUAAAAGAUACCAUUGACUUUGCCAGUGUCAUUGAGACCAAUAAGGACUUGCUUUCCAAAUGUUCAAAGAAACCAUUGGUAGAAUUCAGUCAAGUUGAGAACCAAAACCAAAUCAUUGCUGAUGAAGAACAAACCAUUAAUGAUACUGUUUUCAACUUAAGAUUGUUGAAAUUGUAA